AUGAUAGCGCAUUUUCCGUCCCCCGUUCUCUCCGUCGCUGCCGACGUGAUCCAGGGGCUCGAGGGCGAGGACGCCCUGUACAGUUUGUGGGCUUUAUUCACGAAAUGCAAAGAGUCGCUCAAGGACGGGCGUAGGCUCGAAAACAUCUCCUGGCGUCUAUGGUACCGUGAAAUCGCC